UCUUGUGACUACAUUGCGUAGCGCUAUGCAUUACGUCGACACGCACGUCUACAUAGAAUAUCUGGAAGCGCAAAUUGUUCGAUGGUUGUUACCUCUAAAAAAUAGAAAAAUGAAUCAAAUUCGAUUAAUGCAGUAAUUUUUCAAAAAACGUUUCUUGUAGGCUAAUUUAUCAUUCAAUUUAAGUGACAAAUGACUACAUAAGGCCACACCAUAUGAUAUUACUGAAAAAGAAGAUAUAGGUUAUUAGUGUUUAUUAAUUUAUCAAAGUUUGUUUUGAGUUUAAUGUUAAAUAUUUACUAGAAAUUGAAACAUGAUGCCUGUACAAACUAAUAACCAAUCAGGAAUUCCUGAUAAAAUGUGGCAACCUCCUUUCGUUCAAUUUGAAACGACAAUGGGGGAAUUCGUUGUUGAAUUAUAUUGGAAACAUGCGCCGAAUACCUGUAGAAAUUUUGCAGAAUUAGCUCGAAGAGGUUACUACAAUAAUGUUAUUUUCCAUAGAAUAAUACGCGACUUUAUGAUACAAGGAGGAGACCCCACCGGAACUGGAAAAGGAGGUACAUCUAUAUAUGGACAAACUUUUAGAGAUGAAAUCCAUCCAGAAUUAAAACAUAGUGGUGCUGGGAUUCUCUCUAUGGCUAAUUCUGGACCUGAUACUAAUGGUUCGCAAUUUUUUAUUACACUGGCCCCAACCCAGUGGUUAGAUGGAAAACAUGCCAUUUUUGGGAGAAUAUAUUCGGGAAUGAAUAUUAUUAAUAGAAUAGGACUUGUAGCUACUGAUAGAAACGAUAGACCUGUAGAAGAAAUUAAGAUAAUAAAAGGAAAAGUACUGAAAAGCUGAAUAUUGUGAGAAUUGAAAUGUUUAACCUAUUGAAUGUGUCUUACUAAAAACUGAAAUAAUGUACCUAAUUGUAAGCUUUUUAAGUUUAAUCUGUUUUUCAAUUUGGUAAGUCAAUGAUUUGUUUUUUACUUUUGUAUGUAAUUUGAACAUCCUAGACUUUCCUAGGUAUGCUGAAUUUAGCUAACUAUAAAUGUAGUGUUACAAUUAAUUUAUGAAGCAUUUUUUCCAAAUAAAAAUAACUGUAACAACCGUACUAUAUUCUGUAAGUUUGGUAUGAAUUUAAAGAGAAAAAUUAAAGACAAAACAUCUCUUUAGCUUCCGUUUUAUGUCCUUAUUUCUAGCAUAAAUAUAUUUAUGUUCCUUGUCUAUUUUGUACUAUACUAUCUA